AGGCAGCAACAGAUCCGUACUAUUCUAUUUUCUGUGUACUCGCCAAAAAACACAACAUGCUAAAUUCUCUUUUCAUCAAUCACCAAGACCAAAAGGAAGCUUUGGCCAUCGAGCGUAGACGAAGGUUUGAGGAAUCACGAAAGCAACGUAUCUUUAAUGCAAGACGGCGUCUUAUUGGGGUGGAUACCGAUACCCUCGGGUAUCAGAUCCAGGAAAAACAUGAAGCUGAACAGGCACAGGCGGAACAGCAGCGCAAAUUUGCCGAAGAAAUGCGCCGCCAGGAACAGGUGCUGCUGUUAAAGCAACACGAACAGCGCCAAGAACGCAUUCGCGAGGAUAAUGAAAUCAAUCGGUUCCGUGCUUCACACCAGAAGCCGGAACAAUCGCGUGACUUUGAUCUUUUCGAUCCGGACGGGUUGAAGAAAUCGCUUCCGGCGCGUGUUGGUGACGAUGAUCCACGUUUAAGCGUGUCCGGUGCACAAAUAUUUGAUGGCGAAGAUCUGGAGGAGCGGCACCGGAGGAAGGUACAGGUCGAACAGCAGCGGUCCUGGCUGGAGCAACAAAUCCGUGAAAAACGUCAGGCCGAAAUCGAUCGUCGGGCGGCAGAAAAAUUUCUGGAAGAUUCACUAAUGUCGCGUGAAAACCGGCUGCAUCAGCUUGCUACGCAGGAACGAUUCGCGAGAGGGAAAAUUCACGAAGCAGUAAAUGAGUUUAAUCGGCGGCUUAUGAACGAACAGGAGCAACAGCGAAUGCGGCGCGAGCGGGAAGAGCAGGAAGAUAAUUUGGCCGAAAUCUACAAUAACCUCACGAGUGAUGUUUUAACCGAGAAUCCGGACGUGGCGAAAAGUAGCUUCGGUCCGAACCGUGUCAUUACCGCCCAGUACAAAGGAAUGUCCCCGGAGGAGAUUGAGCAGAUACGUCGUACGCAAGAAUUGCAACAAGAGGAGCUGAAACGCAAGCGUCAGAAUGAGGCAAAUACGCGAAAAGCGUGGGACCAGUUGGCAAAUGAUUUUGAUCGCACGGUCACCAUGAAGGAGCGUGAGCUCACCCGUAGAAGACAUUCUUUGGCCGAGCAAAUCAGGCAGGAAAAUCAUCUGCUUUCGCUGGAACAACAGCGCAAGCUGCAGCACCUCGAUAAAGUGGUGUACCAGAAUCGACCUACCCAGGCCUAUUUCGAUCAAUUUAAUACCUGUUCGCGAUAGGCGAGUUUGUAGAAGCUUUUGGUAACGAAUUUUAGAGUAGGGCAUAUUUUAGAGAGUUACAUUUACAAGGCACAGUUUGUGUGUUUGCACGUUGUGGGCGAAUAAAUCUGCUUGUGCACUGCUCCUUCUUACCUGAAGUAAGCAAUACGUUCUACGUAUGGUAUAAA